UCGCUAAAGGCUAGAGGAAGCCAUCUCUCUAAGACCCUUGCACAGCACCUGUGAUCAGACUGCUGCAUUUACCCAGCAGUUUCUUCAUGGGAAGACAAUUUCUCUAUUUGUUUUUUAAAUGAGGGAGUGAAGUGCACAGACUUGGUUGGCCCAGGGUCUUAAAGUGAAUCUGUAGCAGAGAACUGCUCCGAGCUCUCCAUCACCUCAACAAGCAUGAAUGGCACAGCCAUUGCAAAUUUUACCUGUGUCAUUUUUAAUGUUUCCUUCAUGAACUGCACCUGGCUCGUGGGCAGGACUGCUACAGAAGACACCCAAUAUUUCCUGUACUGGAGGCCCUUGAAGAAUGAAGAUGUCACAGAAUGUCAAAAUUACAUCAAAGAUACCUGUGGAAGGCACAUAGGAUGCCGAUUUCAAAACGUGACAAUAGCAAAUAACUAUGCUUAUUUCCUGGUAAAUGGGUCCAGAGGCGGACAAAACAUUCAGUCAUAUGAGAAGAAGAUACUGCUAUACCAAAUUGAAAAGCUCACCCCUCCAUUAAAUGUCACAGUGGACUGUACAGACGCUUCUCAUAGAUGUAGUAUUUGGUGGCAACCACCUCACACAAGUCAUGUGAAAAAAAAGAGUUGUUUCAAAUAUGAAAUUGUCAUAGAAAAUAAGGCUGAUGCUGAGAAAAACACCAAAACUGCAUCUAAAACAGCAGCAAUCAUUGAAGAUAACUCCUACCUAUAUGAAAGCUUCAGCUCAGAAAAAAGGUACAGCGUCAAAAUCAGAGCAACAGAUUCAGGCUUUUGUUUAGUCAGCUCAAACUGGGGAGAGUGGAGUACACCUGUGGAGUUUGGAACUCAGCAACUUACAUCUACUUCAUCAUAUAUGCUGUUUCUGAUACCAAGCCUGGCAGCAGGACUUGCAAUUCUCCUUUGCAUGACAGUAAGGACUUAUUUCAAAAAAACAUCUGCUACAGUACCACAGCCAAGAGACCCAUUCCGUGAGACCUCUCCAGUGGACUUCCAGACAGAAUAUAUGAAUCUAUUAAAAAAACAAGAAACUGAAGAAAUAACAGAUAUCGAAGAAGUGACGGAAUGCAAGUGAAAUGAGCAACUUGAUUUUUUCAAGCAUAUAGACCUUAUUGGCCAGAAUUAAGAGGAUUUUCAUAUUCUCUCACUCCUGGAAGCAGGGAGAAGAGCGUCGGCCGUAAAGACAGCUCCCCAAGAUCUUAUCUCUAAAAGCCUCCUUGUGUUUGGUUACAUUUUCUAUGAACAGUAAGGUUUGGACUAUUUCUGGUUUUUAUUGUAAUGAAUACUGCAGUAUUUCAGAUAAAAAAAAAACAACAACUGUAUUGCUUUGGAAGCUAUAUUACUGUUUUUCAACAACAUACAAAAAAAUAAAUAAGAACAAACCAAUUUAAGGGGUUUAUUCAGGAUCUCCAUUGGUUCAGUUUCUCAAAAAAGGUUCAGCCAUACUGAGAUUGUGAUCAGGAAUGGAAUUUGACAUCUGUAUGAAAGCUCACUGCAUGAAGCCAAGAUCAAACCUCUUAAGAAAGAUUACUUGUUCAUACAAAGUGAGUACUCUUAAAGAGCUCUGGAUGCAAUCUUCCCAUAUGUCUAUUUGUUGCCUCCCGUUUUUCAUCCCUUCCUAUCUGUGUUAGAUGAAAAAAAUUACUUAAUAUGUGAUUGCUAUCAGGUAGCAGAUGUACAUAUGUAUAUGUAUUAAGUGGGAAAUGUUGGAAAUUGAGCAUUUGAACUCUCCAGCAGAAGCCUGCCACUUGCUAAUUGUGGUACAGGCCAGUUGUGUGUUUUUAUAGCACCUGAAUGAAACAGAAGCAUAACAGCCUGAAUCCUCUAACUAAUAAGGAGAUAUGAGAGAAAACCCUCAAUUUGGGUGCUAAUCACAUUUUUUGACCUUCAGUUUGCAUGAAAUUGAAUAUGAGUCAGUCCUGCCCUGCCCUGGCAGCCAGGAGGGCCAGCCUUGUCCUGGGCUACAUCAGACAUGGCAUCUCCAGCCGGGCAAGGGGGGGGAUUGUCCUGCUCUGCUCUCCUCUGCACUGGGGUGGCCUCACCUCGAGUGCUGGGGACAGUUUUGGGUGCCACAAUACAAUAAAGAUAUAAAGCCAUUAGAGAAGAUCCAAAGAAGGGCUACAAAGAUGGUGAAGGACCUUAAGGAGAAGCUGAGGCCAUUUGGUCUGCUCAGCCUGGGGGAUACUGGGGGGAGACCUCAUUGUAGUUACAACUUCCUUGUGAGGAAAACCAGAAGGCUGUGCCAGGAGAGGCUUAUGUUGGGUAUCAGGAAAAUGUUUCUCUCCCAGAAGGUGUUUGGGCGCUGGAACUGGCUCCCCAGGGCAGUGGUCACAGCACCAGCCUGACAGAGUUCAAGAAGCAUUUGGACAACACUCAGGCACAUGGUGGGACUCUUGGGGCUGUCCUGAGCAGGGCCAAGGAUUGAACUCAAUUAUUUUUGUGGGUCAUUUCCAGCGCAGGGUAUUCUAUAAUUCCAUCAAGUCUCGAGAUGGUUAAAGUCAUCUCAAGUGGCUGAAAUCCUAUCAUGGAAAAUAAAGUCCUCUCAGUGAUAAAAUUCCACUAGACCAGGUUACCUUCAAGAGACCAACUUUGGAAAUAAAUUUUUCUAUAGUUCUGUGUUUCUAAAUGAGCUUUCAAUAAAAGUUUAUUUUUAAUGUCUUUUUAAAACAGAACCAGAAAAGGAUCCCUCCGCUUGAGUUAUAAUUGCCAAAAGAUAAAAGUGCCUGCAUUAAAUGGGAAAACUAAAGCCAACUCGCUGUAAUCUAAGGACAAUUAAACAGAUACAGUCUACUGGAUCCUCUCCAUCUUUCUUCACACAGAGUUGAUCAUGGCCAUUGGUGCUUUCACUGCUUUCACUGUGAAAGCUGCUUAGGCAGAAAAAUCAUUAAGAAAACUUGUUCACUACCAGCAAACCAAUAAGAAAACCAUAAGCCAUGGCCAUCAAACAGUGGAGGUGGUAGUAGGUGUGGGACUAAGGUAUCUCUUUCUCAUUCCUGGGCAAAGACCCCAAAAUCAGUGGGAAAGGAUGGUCAGGCUUUAGAAUCUUUUAACUAAGUGCCUUGGGUGCUCAAAUUGGAAGAAGUCCUUUAUUCUGGUCUCCUAUGGCUGUUCCUCUGUUCUGUGCUAAAAACUAGAAAGUUCUUGAUGCAAGGAAAAAAUUAAUGGUCUUGUCUACCAUUUGUAUUUUUGUGACAUUUGCAAAAGCUGCAACACGCCAGUACAGCAAAACACCAGACAGCUCUUGUGAACACUCCUGGUUUUGUUGGAGCAAUAAAUUAUUCUUCAAGUUUUUCUAAGAAA